AUGGAUUUUGCUAUUUCCUCGAGGAUGCCAGUGGCUUCUUCUCUUCCUGCAACAAUGAAGUUGAGGAUGAGAUCCCAAAUUCAAUCUAUCCCCUCAGUGUUGGAGAGGCCAUCAAUGCUUGAGCUAAACAAUGAUGGAAUCCCGUUUGAAGCCCAAAUCAAGAAGCAGAAGACUCUCUUCAUAUUGGGCGCAUCAGCCACUGGAAAAACAAAACUCUCCAUCGAUCUGGCCACUCAUAUCCCAGCUGAAAUUAUCAAUUCUGAUAAAAUUCAAGUUUACAAGGGCCUGGACAUUGUAACCAACAAGGUUGCUGAAGCUGAACGUAAAGGUAUCCCUCACCACUUGCUAGGGUUUAUGGAUCCUGAGGCAGAUUUUAGUGCGCAAGACUUCUGCACCCAUGUUCACAUGGCUAUGGCUCGUAUCAUUGACAAUGAAAACAUCCCCAUCAUAGUGGGUGGGUCCAACAACUACAUCAGGACGCUUGUAGAGGAUCCACGUGCCAAUUUUAAAGCCAAUUUUGAUAGUUGCUUUCUAUGGAUUGAUGUUGCUUUGCCUGUUUUGUACGAGCGUGUAGCGAAACGGGUUGAUGAGAUGGUGGAAGCUGGUCUGGUUGAGGAGGUUCGAGCGAUGGUUGCACCUGGGGCUGACUAUACUCGUGGGGUAUGGCGAGCUAUUGGAGUUCCAGAGAUGGACGAUUAUCUUCAUGCAGAGAAGGUGAUGGCUGAUGAGAAGACGAAAAAAUUUUUGCUUGAGGCUGCUAUUGAAAGGAUUAAAGAAAAUACAUGUAAACUAGUGGAUUCCCAGCUAUGGAAGAUAAACCAGAUGAUUCAUGAACUUGGGUGGAAAUUGCAUAGGAUUGAUGCUACUAGUGUGCUGGAAACAAGUGGAGAAGAGGCAGUAGAGGCAUGGGAGAAGGUGGUGUUGGAACCUAGCUUGGCAAUAGUCGGGGAUUUUCUUGAGGGUCGGGAAUAA